GCCAGAGGAGUUCGGAUUAAGUGGCCGAAGAAAGAGGAGCGAGGCAGGGGAGCCAGGCGGACGCGCCGAGCGCAUCGGACUCACCGGGGCGGGCGGCGAGCUCCGGGUCCGAGUGGACCGCAGCCCUCCGCAGCAUGCGCCCCGCCUGCUAAGUCGCCCCCGUCUCGCCCUCACCUAGCGCCGCCGAUCCCGCCUGGAUGGAGUCCCCCCUGGGUUCCCAUUGGCUCCUGUGAGUGCUUGGGUGUCGAGAGCCUGUUUCUGGCGAGGGGAACCAACUUUUGAAGUUCGCCCAGGAGACUGCGUUCCAGCCCCAGCUCCCCGGCAGCCGGCCCGGGCGGAGGCGCGACUGCGGCGCGAGUCACCAUGGGAAGCAAAGGUGCCUACCGGUACCACUGGCAGAGCCACAAUGUCAAGCAUAGUGGCGUGGAUGACAUGGUGCUGCUCUCCAAGAUCACAGAGAACUCCAUCGUGGAGAAUCUGAAGAAGAGGUUCAUGGAUGACUACAUUUUUACAUAUAUAGGAUCCGUAUUAAUCUCAGUCAACCCUUUCAAGCAGAUGCCAUAUUUUGGGGAAAAGGAAAUUGAAAUGUACCAAGGAGCGGCACAGUAUGAAAACCCACCACAUAUCUAUGCCCUUGCAGAUAAUAUGUACAGAAACAUGAUCAUUGACAGAGAGAACCAGUGCGUCAUCAUCAGUGGUGAAAGUGGUGCUGGAAAGACAGUGGCUGCCAAAUACAUCAUGAGUUACAUCUCCAGAGUGUCUGGAGGAGGCCCCAAAGUCCAGCACGUGAAGGACAUUAUCCUGCAGUCCAACCCACUGCUGGAGGCCUUCGGGAAUGCCAAGACCGUCCGGAACAACAACUCCAGCCGAUUU